AUUGCUUGGAUCCAAUUCUUUCAGUGGACCCAUCCCACCACACCUGGAAUGCCCAGCCUCAUUGAACUUCAACUAACCGACAGUCAGUUCACAGGAGGCAUCCCUAAGACAUUCACCCGGCUUACUGGCAUGAGUUCUCUAAACAUGGAACUCAACCAUCUCAGCUCAGGCCUUGACGUGGUGGCUCAGAUGAGAUGGCUCACAGACAUAUACCUCUAUGCCAACAGCUUCUCUGGUGUGUUUCCAGCAUCUCUAACAGCAAUCAAGGGCCUUGAAUCGCUGUUUGUGAACGACAACCACUUCACUGGAACCUUCCCCUGUUGUAUUCUACAGCUCGAGAGCCUAAAAUACUUGGGAUUACACAACAACAGCUUCACUGGGACAAUCCCCAACGAUUUGUCAAAACUUGUCAACCUGCACGGCAUUAAAUUAAAUGACAACAAUUUUCGUGGAACUAUCCCAUCCGGCCUGUUUCAACUCUCUAUGCUGGACUUACUGAACGUAGCCAACAACGUCCUUUCAGGGGGCCUUCCAUACACACUCAAUACCUCGCCUUCUCUUUCUACACUUAACUUGGCAGGAAAUGGAUUCACGGGCCUUUUACCAGACCUCUCACACUGGAACGUCAGCUGUGCACAGAUAGAUCUCAGCGGCAACAACUUCACAGGGUCAAUUCCCGACUCCAUCUCCACCCUCACCACCCUCGAAGAAAUCACCCUCAACAACAACCAGCUGACAGGAACUAUCCCUGCUGCCAUUUUCAGCAUGACGAAACUGAAAUACCU